CGGUUUAUAACAAAUUGAGCAGCUCAACGAGUGGAUAGUUCUGUUAUUUUUCGUGGUUGAAUUUAUUCGAUUUUUUACACUAUUUUUUUAAAUCAUUUUUUGUGUUUAAUCAUGGAUAUUCCUUCUGAAGGAAAACACUUUAAAUUAAUUAGAAACGAAGAUUUAUAUGAUGUGUUGCAUUAUCUCGAAUACUUUAUGCCUGAAUCUUUGAAAUUUCAUCAAACGCUGAAAACAUAUUUGGAAGAUCACGUAUGGAAUUUUCAUUUUUACGUGUCCAAAAGCUGGCCUCGUGAUCCGAUUUGUUUGCAUUUUCCUGGCAUAACUGCUCAUGAAAAUGGAGAAAUUUUUGGCAGUUUGGGAUUAUUCUGCCCUACCAAUCGAACGGAUUGUCUAUAUUUGCUGCUCGAUGAGAACAUUUUGAUAGAUUGGACGAAGCCCUUGUAUAUUCAUUAUAUUCAUUCUUCUAUCAUGGAUAAUAUCGAAUACAUUUACCGUAGCGUUGGAAUUGUUGAAAAAAAAUGUUACGGUGAUUUUUAUAUCCAUUAUUCGCCGAAUGAUUUAUCUCCAAUACCUCCUAGGUUCAACGAAGGCGAAGCCCAUUUCAAAAUUUUGGAAAAGAAAGACGCGGCAGUAAUUCACGCUUAUUAUCCAGCCAAAAAUAUAGAAAGCUUGAAGUUAUUCGAAACUUUAGUCGAAAAGUUACCCUCGUAUGGAAUCUUCAUCAAUGACGAACUGGUUGCUUGGAUGAUCCAGUCGUACUACGGAGCAAUGAUUUCAAUGUAUACCAAGUCUCGUUUUCGUUUACACGGAUUUGGGUCUUUUAUCGCCAAAUAUUUGAGUAAAUUGGUUGCAGGUCGUGGUUAUGCUCCGUAUGUUUUGGUUAGAUCGAAUAAUGAGGUUUCUCGCAAUUUGUACGAACGUUUGGGUUUUACUAAAUUGUAUACGAAUGUCCGGGGUUUAUUGAAACCUAAUUCAUAUCGUUAAAUUUUGACGACUGUCCGAUAUUGAAAACGUAUGCACAAUUUUGGAAAUUUAUUGCUGAGAUCCGUCAUUUAAAAAAAUUAAAAAAAAAUUCGGUGCUUACUUUGUGAAUUGAUUAAUUUCAUAUGUUAGCUAUAAAAUUGAUAAUUGUAGAAAUCUCAACUCACCCCGCACCCAUAACUCAAGAUGUUAGUAACUUAUCAUUUUUUCAACUAUCAAUGUAUACCUAAGUGAGAAAUUACGUGACAGUUGCAUAUUUUGUAAAAUGAAUCGAAGGCUAGUGAAGCAAAUACCUACGCGAGUCAUGUAAUUUUUCUCAUCGAUGUUUUUGACUAAAAGUCUUUUAAAUCGCACUUGCACCGAAAUUUGACUUAUUGCAUUGUAUCGAUAGAUUUUCGGCUCAAAUAUAAUUAAAAAUCGAUUCUUUUCUGCGAUGCUGUCUUCUUGAGGGCUGCACCUACCUAUUUACGCCGAAAUUUCAAUCAACUACUGAAUCUACUUACUGUACCGUAGGUUUCUUCAUUUUUGAUGUAUUUAUUUCACGAAUAGAGUUAAGUAGUGUGAUUUCAUGUGUACCAAUUCAUAGUUCAGCGUAUUUUUAUCCUCCGGUGACCUAUCAGUCACCGACGCUGAAAACUUUUUGAUUAUUUAUCCGUAAAAUAAAGCAUUUUUCUCGUAUA